CAUCAACCGAGAACAACUCUUUGCUUCUCUCAAGCGCUGUUCGUUUGAGCUCAGCAAGCCGAGCGCACAUCGAUCUGGUCGAUCCUGGUCCAGAGUUUGGACACCGUUGGUCGAUCCGGAGGAGAAAUGGGCAAGUCAUGGGCGUUCAUCAGCCAUCUCCACACCAUCGCCGGGCCAAGCAUUUCCCUCCUGUACCCUCUGUACGCGUCGGUGUGCGCGAUGGAGAGCUCGUCCAAGGUGGACGACGAGCAGUGGCUCUCCUACUGGAUCAUCUACUCCUUCAUCACCCUCCUCGAGAUGGUCGCCGAGCCGGUCCUGUACUGGAUACCGGUGUGGUACCCGGUGAAGGUGCUGUUCGUGUCGUGGCUGGUGCUACCGCAGUUCAAGGGCGCGUCCUUCAUCUACGAGAAGCUCGUUAGGGAGCAGUUCAGGAAGUACCGUGCCAAGCACCAGCGCAAGGCCGCCGCCGCCGAUGACCACAAAGUGAACAUAGCCAAGGCUGAGCAUGAUCAUGUGCAGUGAGAGGAGAUCUGACGACCGAGAGGAACAGCUGUAGGUUGCUUCAGGGGCGAAGCCAGCCCCCAAACUAGGGGUGCACGAUCUCUUACGGUUCAUAUUAGUUAUUAUUAAUAGCGUUUUUAGAUCAGAGAGACGUCUGUGUACUUACACUUCAUAACGUGGCUCCAUCACUGGGUUGCGCGGUUGCGCCAUAUAUCCAAGAUAUCCCCUUCUUACUAGAGAUGUGUUAGGCGUAUCAUGUAUGUCUGAACUGCGAAGACCUGUAGAACGCUUCAGUUGUGGAACGAGGAAUACUGUAAGAACAGAUGGAUUUCCUG